AUGCUUCGGAUCGUACUUCUGGCAGUGAUAAGCUGGCAGGCAGAUGGUAAUCAGCUUGUGAUCUUUGUUGCCAGACAUGCAGGCAAGCAGAUUGGACGUAUCCCGCGCGCUGUUUCUCUGCUUACUUCUGGUACACGUGAAGGGUGUUAUGACGCUGAACAGGUAGAAGAAGCAGCAGAAGUGAAUUUUCCACGUCAAUAUCGAAAUAUUCGAAGGCCUUGGAUCUAUCCCGGUUCAUCUGCCAAAUUAUACACAAGUCAAAAUUUGCAGUACACUUGGCUGUGGAUCAAAUCACUCGGUGUCAGAGGUCUAAAUGAAAUAACAGUGAGUUUCGGUUUUUUCUUUAAAUCGGCUAAUUUCCAAAAACUUUCGCCACAUACAUGA